AUGGAGAAAAAAGAAAGUUAUUCAGAUCACAAGAAAGGUGGCCUUAAAACAAUGCCUUUUGUUAUCGGAGAUCACGGGUUCCAGCCGUGGAAACAGCCUUUUGCAGAAAUGCAAGCAAAUGAGGCAUUGGACAAGGUUGCAAGUGUAGGACUGCAUGCAAAUAUGAUAUUGUACCUGAAAAAUGAGUAUCACUUAAGUAAUGCUACAGGGGCAAGUAUUCUUUUCUGGUGGAAUGCCAUAUCCAAUUUCACUCCCAUUUUUGGAGCUUUUCUUUCUGAUUCUUAUUUGGGUCGUUAUUAUGUCAUUGCUUUAGGGACAUUCAUUAGCCUUAUCGGGAUGGUGGCUCUGUGGUUAACAGCUAUACUAAAAGAAGCAAGACCACAUCCUUGCAAAUUAGAAUCAGAAAAUUGUCAAAAACCAGACAUUGGCCAGUUAGUAUUUCUGUUUUCAUCAUUUGCAUUAAUGGCCAUAGGAGCUGGUGGAAUUAGGCCAUGUUCAUUAGCCUUUGGUGCUGACCAAUUUGACAAUCCUGAGAAUCCCAAUAAUGGAAGAAUCUUGCAAAGUUUCUUCAAUUGGUAUUACGCAUCAGUUGGGAUAUCAAUACUGAUUUCAGUGACAGUUAUAGUGUAUAUUCAGACACAAUUUGGUUGGGUGGUGGGUUUUGGAGUGCCUACAGGACUUAUGUUUUUGGCAACUAUUAUGUUCCUUUUGGGUUCUGCACUUUUCAUUAGGAUAAAAGCAAACAAGAGUUUGCUUACUAGUUUUGCUCAAGUUGUUGUUGUGGCUUGGCAAAACAAACACCUUUCUCUGCCUCCUGUGGAUUCUAAUGGGUGGUUUCUAAAUAAGGCGUGCAUCGUUAGAAAUCCCGAGGAAGAUUUGAAUCCAAAUGGAACAGCUUCAAAUCCGUGGAACCUUUGUACAAUUCAACAAGUAGAAGAAUUCAAAGCCUUGAUCAAAGUUAUCCCAAUGUGGUCUACAGGAAUUAUGAUAGCGGUAACACUAAGCCAACAUGCAUUUCCUGUGCUACAAGCAAAUACAAUGGACAGACAUUUAGUAAAAGGUAGUAAUUUUAAAAUUCCAGCAGGUUCGUAUGGUGCAUUUGGGAUUCUCACAUUAACAAUAUGGAUAGCCAUCUAUGACCGAAUCCUCGUCCCCUGGAUCUCAAAAUUCACAGAAAAACCUCGCGGAUUGACUUUCAAGCAACGUAUGGGGAUCGGGUUGUUACUUUCUUGUGCAUCUCAGGGAGCUGCAGCGUUAGUGGAAAGAGAAAGACGAGCACGAGCCCUUAAUGAAGGGCUCGCGAACCAUCCCUUGUCACAAGUGGAUAUGUCAGCAAUGUGGCUAGUACCGCAACAUUGUUUAACUGGUCUAGCUGAGGCAUUCAACGCGAUUGGACAAAUAGAAUUUUACUAUUCACAAUUUCCUAAGAGUAUGGCUAGUAUUGGUGUUGCACUAUUUUCACUAGGAUUGGGAUUUGGAAAUUUGGUUGGAAGUCUAAUUGUGGAAAUUGUUGAUCAUGUUUCAAGUAAAGGAGGGAAAGUGAGUUGGGUAUCAAAUAACUUGAAUUUAGGUCAUUAUGAUUAUUACUAUUGGGUUCUUUGCUUGUUGAGUGUUGGAAAUUUGUUCUACUUCAUUGUGUGUGCUUGGGCUUAUGGAUCUGAUGAAGAUACAAGAAUUUGGGAGGAAGAUCAAGCUGCAAAGAAAGGAGAAAUUGUCAUGUUAUAG